GACGGGCAGCUAUGACCGGGGUCCUUCAGAGGUCCUUUGAAUGCAUGUGGCGCGAUAUGACAAAGUCAGUGAAAAACAGUUUGACAGCACGAGAAUUGAAUACGUCUUUAUAGCCGCGUAGCUGCUAUUUGUUCAAGCGACAUGUUUUCAACACAGCAAAGUUGCUGGUUCACUCGCAAGGUGAUUUGCUGGAGAGCUGCAGCCAGUAACGCCUGGGCUGUCCUGUUGUUGCCACCCAUCACAGCGGUUUUUCUAAUCACCAGCAGGUUCAGUCUUUUCCGCCCCAUCCAGACAAUAUCAGAAUGUUUGUCCCUACUAACAAGUGCAAGUGCCAUCUUCUGUUUCAUCCUGCUGUGUGGCGUGAUACUCAUGAGUGGGUUUCUAAAUCUAGAGUAUUACACAGUAAUUCCUAACAUUGCAUGCUCGAAAAUCGCACUGCUGGGUCAGCUGCUCCACCCUCGUCAGUUUGUCAGCUUCCUUGUCCAUAGUAUCAUGGGAAUUAUUGUGGCUUGGUGUUGUGCCAUCACCAUUGGAGAUAGAUAUGAAACACUCGCCUACCCGUGCACACAGAGUGAUGGGUCUUCUCGGAUGUGUCUGAAUGAGUUUCACGUCGUCCUUGUUCUGGCUGGAGGUUUUGUUGGAUUCUCUCACAGUCUGCUGAGUGUAAUCUACAACAUAAACUAUGUCUCUUUCAGCGCGGUUCAGCAAUACAAAUACCUUCGCUUCAAAGGAUCUCUUUCUUUGGUGGUGAAAUGCAGCGCCUCUCAAGCACUUUACUCUAUCAGGAACUACAUUGUUGUUUAUUUCUUUUUAGGACAUAUUCCAAAAGCAUGGAUGUGUAAAACACUGAAUCUUCAUUUGAGCAGCUCUGCCCACCCUCUUGACUCAAUAACUGGACUCUUGGACCUCUAUCUGCUCUACCACCUGUGGAUCAGUGCCACCUUCCUGCUGUUCAUAUGGUACAUUACUCUGCUGUUGUUCCGGAUCUUUAUUACUGAGGCCUACAGUUUUCCUGUGCAGUCGACUUUUACUGAAGAUUCCCAACAAUGUCUUCCCAAAGUUCUGCCAGAGAAGCAGCCAGUGGUAUUAAAGUUUCUAGCUUUGCAGGACUUGGCUCUGCUCUCUCAACACUCCCCAUCACGCCGCUCUGAGGUCUUCAGUCUGAGUCAGCCUGGUGGUCAUGCUCAUAACUGGAACGCCAUCAGUAAGGAGUGUCUGGCUUUGCUGAAUGAACUGACUCAGAGACUUGUCGCCCAUCAUGACACUGUAGCAACUAAUGGCAGGGCCAAAUCGCUUUCUACUGGUAGUGAAAGAAGGACAUCAUCUGAGACAUCAGUAACAUCAGAGGAUCUUAUGAGUCCAAGACCAACUGUGCUGACUAAGACUCCAGCUUCAGUCUUUGCCCGAUCUAUCGUUGGGGGCCAACAAAGCCCUCUGACGGCGCCAUUCACUCCUGACCUGGACAGCCCCUUCGCGUCUCCAGCCCUGAGGCGUCUUACUGCUCCAGUAGAACAGUGCUCACCAUGGCACGGCACUGUGCAGAGCCCACAUGUCAUGAGAAGAGGACCAAAACUUUGGUCCACUUCCACUGAUUCACAGGUCAAUGGCAGCCCCACAGCUUCCCCUGGCUUAGUUCCCAGUCCCAAACAGGAGUCGGCCAAACCAAGUUUUCUGGCUCAGUUCCUUCACAACAGGAAAGAACAGGUUAAACAGUUCUUGGCAAAGAGAGUGCUGAUAAUGUAUUUGUUUAACAAGCUUCCAGAAGCCUCCAGUCAGGCUCUGUUUGCCGACAGCCAGGCUCACAUCUGGGCCUUGGAAGGGCUGUCAUACCUUGUUCAAGCCUCCUUCUCUGAAGACCAGUUUGGGGUGGUACAAACUACGUUACCCAGCAUUCUCAGUUCCAUGCUGUUCCUGCAAGAGGCCGUAGACCGCUACUUCAAGUUGCCCCACGCGUCCAGUAAACCCAGCAGGUCGACCAUCGGUAUGGGAGACUCCUCCUACAAAACACUGCGCUUUGCUCUCAGGGCAACACUCAAGACUGCACUCUACCGGAUAACAACCACUUUUGGAGAUCACUUGAAAGCUGUUCAGAUGUCUGCAGACCACCGGAAACGGCUGCAGCAGUUCUUGGAGUACAAGGAAUAACACACCAGAGAUUUUACUCCUGUGCCUUUUGGAUUCUUAUCAUUGUGAUUUUUGUGUGUCAUCUUAAGUGAGGCAGGAGGUGAAAGCUCACAAUGGUGCCUCUUUUAAUAUUUAUGUUUGCACUAUGUGGUGACAGAUUGUAUCUGAUCACAUCCCACAUGCGUGGCUGACAGUCUGCACCAGGUUGGUAAGAGCUGUCGCCUCCUGCGCUUGGGAGAUUCACAACUCAUUCCAAGACAUGCUUCACUUGAUCUUAGAACAGUACCACAGCAUUCCUAUAUUUGUGUUAAUUGGAAUGAGUUGUGAAGGGCUGUUUGUGCAAACGCUUGAAUCAUCUUUGUAUCCAGAGCAUUCAGUAUGAAGUGAGAUGAAUGGAUGAGUCCAGUCGCAGUAGCAGGCAGGGUUUUGUAUGAGACACCAGCUUAGAGAACUGGUUUACAGCACAUAAGUGCAAGUUCUCUACAAAGAGAAUACAGUAUAACCACCCUUAAAUCAGACAGAACCCCCCUUUGUACAUUUUUUUUGUCAGUUCUGUUUGUCUGAGGUGGAAAUUUGGAGUGACUGCUUACAAAUGACUGUGAGUUUAAAGUUCCAUUCAGAUACCUGUAAAAUAAAGUAAAGAUUUGUUAAA